AUGUUUAAGUCAAAACCGCGGUCCAAAGAGGACAAGAAAUCAAAAGAGCACAAGAAGUCAAAGAAGAGAAAGGAACGCUCAGAAGCUGUGGACGCAGACGCAGACGCAGACACCGCCGCCCGAUCGCCCACGAAGAAACGCAAGAGCAAGCACAGCAGCAAAAACACUGCGCCCGCAAUAGAAGACGAUGUAUCUGAAUCACCUUUCCACCUCCAAACCAUAUCCCUCUACCUUCCUCUCUCUCCCGUCGCCAUGCGCAAUCCCGUUACAGGCCUCUGCGCAGAACACCUCUCGCCGCUUCUCCUCACAUAUUAUCCUCCUCUCCGCGGCACCAUUCUAUCCUACGACAACGUCCGUGUCUCAGAGAGUCCCCUCGCCCCGCCCGCUCCUUCCAAUGCAGCUCCUUCUCCCGCGCUCGCCCGUUCCGUGGACGAAUAUGCCGUGUGUAUGAUUUGGGUGACCGCUGACGUUCUUAUAUUCCGGCCGCGCAAGGGUGUGCGCCUGACGGGUGCCGUUAAUCUACAUUCACAAAGCCACCUCAGUCUGCUGUGCUUCAAUUUGUUCAAUGUGUCGAUUCCCGCGGCGCGGCUGCCACGCGAGUGGACAUGGGUCGGGGGCGACGAUGGCAGGACGCCAGAACCGGAGCCGGAGCUACAGACACAUACGCCGCCACCGAGCGCACAGGGAGAUGGGAAGAACGCGGCACGGAAGAUGGCUGCGGGAGAUGGGUUCUGGGUCGAUGCAGACGGGAAGAGAGUGGAUGGCAUGAUCACAUUCACGGUGCGGGACUUUGAGGCGGCAGCUGGCUCAGGUACGGAUCGGGAGAAAUCGUAUAUUGGGCUCAAGGGGACGAUGUUGAGUCCGGAAGAUGACGAGGCGGUGGACCAGAAAGAUGCUGAAAGGGGCACCAGGGGCCUACGGAACGGACAGCUGGCGUCAAGGCCGAGACGAUGA